CAGGAAGCAUCAAUGCGCAUGUGCAUCGAAAUGGUAUUUUCUUGAAAGGUGAAUUGUACCAGUAUAACGUUUCAAUAAUAAUAAUAAUAAUAAUAAUAAUAAUAAAACACUCAAUCUUCUGAGUUGGGUUACCAGCAAGGAUUAAUCAGAGCAAUACGGAAAGGAGCCUGGCAUUAGAAACAAAGAAAAUUACAUAAAAAGUCCGCCGGAACAGCGGGGAAGUACCAAAAGGAAUUCCCCCUACACCGUUUUGGAAUAUUAUUAAUUUCGCAAUUUAAUGUUCAUAUAUGUUUAAUUGCAUUGAUUUGCCAGUUGUAGAUAUUAGUUACCGUUUGCGUACAGGUACUGUAGUGUAAUAUUAUUGUUAUAGAAGGUGUUUUAUUUAUAGAGGUGAAUUUCUGUCCCAACACAUUUGGCAUGCAAGCGGAAUAGUUCAUCAACGUACUAUGUCUUCCCACAGCAGCUUCAACAGCACAGAAACACCGAACCACGGAUAUAAUCAAAGAGAAGAGAUGAUGGAACAAAUCAAGAUGGAAAACGCAAUGCUUAAAACCAAACUACAAAGCUAUACAACUUUGAGCACUUUCUACCACGAAACACGGCUGGAACUGGCCAGAAUGAACCAUCACGUCCGCGUACAAGACAAUAUAAUCGGGGACCUAAAGGCGAGGCUAGCAAGAUACGAAAACGCCACUGUUCAUGUGGGAGAAGAGGGGCCACUGGUUUUUGGACCUUCAAAGUCCUUAUUCGAGAAUCUGUGUAAGGAAAUCAGCAAACUUAAACAGCAACAGAAAGAGACUGAAAGAAGUUCCGAACAGCAGUUGGAAACAAUGAAACUAGAGCUUCAGAAACUGCAAAAGGACUUGAGAGAAAAAGAUGAAGAAAUGCAGAGAAUGACAAGCAGAACUCCACAUGAGAAAGACCUGGAGAUUUUGCGGCUCCAGGGAGUUCUAGCAGAGAAGGAAAGGGUCCAGGCAACCAGGGAGGUGCUGUGUCAUUCCCUCACUGAUGAGGCAGAGCAGCUCCGGGCUCAGCUGGCUGCCACAGUGGAAGUAUGUCAGCAGGUAUCACAAAGACUGGAGGGUAAACAGAAGAAACAUCCUGAAUCCGUGGAUGAACAGAUUCAUACAGAACAAUCUAGCAAGCUUCAGUGUACAAACUCUAAUGAGACUGCUCAUCUUAAAGCUAUAGUAUGCCAGCUACAGGAAGAAAAUAAAACUUUACAGCAGAAAGUGGUUCAUGUAGAAAGCUUGAAUGCCAAGUGGCAGAAGUAUGAUGCUAGCAGGGAAGAGUAUGUGAAAGGACUGUGUCAGAAACUGAAAGUGAAUUCAAAGCAGGGCUUUGGCUCAGUGCAGACCAACAUGGACAUGAUGCAGCAGGAGAUCCUGAGGCUUAACCGGCUUUUGGAAGACAAGAUGAAGGAAUGCAACAGGUUCAGCAGAGACCUGGAGGAAACCAGGAAAACAGACAGAGAACGCAUCCAAACACUUGAACAACAGGUUCUUAUUUAUAAAGAUGAUUUUAAGUUUGAGCGAGCUGAUCGAGAGAGGGCACAAAGCAAAAUACAAGAUCUUCAGGAAGAUAUAGUCCGUUUAGAGCUGCAGCUGAGAAGACAGGAUUCAGGCGAUCAAGCUGCCCCCGUCAGAAUACACAUUGGCAAUAGGAACCUUAUGCACAUAGAGAUGGAUGCUGCUGAAGUGUUGCUGGACAAUAGCCCUGAUCAAUCAGGAGCAAACAGAUCAAGCUCCCAGUCGACUCAAGAUUCUCCAGCAGCAAACAGGACUUGAAGAUCAGAGCACAGAGCACAGACUGACUUACAGUGUCCACGAUGAACAGAUGACUGCAUUUCUAAAACAUUGUACAGAAUGUGCUGAACUAUAAAGCAAAGAAACAAAGAAACUGUCCAAGGAGACAAUAUACAACCACUGACGUAACAGCACUACUUUGAAUGGUUUCAAAUACCUGUUACAAUGCUAUUGUCAGAAAUAGCUACAGUCUUGCUGCUUUUACAACAUCCUUUUAACUGUUGUGUAGUUUCCUACUUCUUUGUGUCUUCAGUACUCCAAAAUAGCACCGUAUACAGCUAUUUACUGGAGUUGAGGCAUAGUUGAAAAAGUGACAGAUAGUGGGUUACAUGACCCAAAGUUACAGGCUAUAAUGUGUCAAAAUCUGUUUAAUUAAAACUGCAAUUUCAGAGGGCAGUAGUUCGUUGACAGUUGACUGCUGGAGUGACUAUUGGUCUGUUUUGUGGAUAAUAGCACAUGCUAUUUUUGGUCAUGUGUCACCAUGUUGGUAAACUGAAGCAAAAUUGGUUUCAGUCUGAUUCUAUAAUUUUCUUCUAAUUUAAUAGCUAUUUUUUUCUAUUCCAUCUAUUUAUACUUUUCUGUACUUUAUAUAUCUUUCAUAACAACUCACUAAAACAACAACUGUGUGGUCCAAAAGGCGAGUUGUACUUUUGAGAUUUUAUUGUGAGAACCAACAGCAACAGAUAUUCUCAGAGCACUUGGCUAAUAGUGUUUUAGCCAGAUACAGUAUAUCUCUUAUUCAAAUAAAACGUUAGUGGAAGUUAAUUAUUAUUAUUAUUAUUAUUAUUAUUAUUAUUAUUAUUAUUAUUAUUAUGCUGUCCACAAUAAUCAUGUUUAACUUAUUGCACUUUACUAUAUGAACAUAAUUUAGAUAUUUUAUUAUUCCAUGUAAUCAAAUAAAUGACAAAAUGAUAUUGCAAAAGUUUACUGGAAGCCAUAAUAGUAGUACAGUAUUUCAUGUAAGAUUUUGAAAUGUCACAUUUGUCAGUUAUUUAACUAUAUGGAAAACUACAAAACGGUAUAUAAUUCAAUAUGUUAAUGUGACAUUAUUCAGCAGUUGAUGCUAUAGGGUAAUUCAAAACUUUUGGCCAUAUCUGUACUUCUGUACUUCUACUAAUUCAAAAAUACAGAUUUCGAAUCCUUUCAGAAGUUUGCUGAGUACAGAAAACACAUUUUACACAAGAAUCCUAUUUUUGUCAAUUGUAAAAAAGAAAAAUCGUAUUUUAAGCUAUAAUUAUUUUGAGACUGACAUUUUAAAAUGAUAUUUCUUUGGACUGAAGCCCACACAAUGUGAACACAGAAUAUAAUCACAUUUAUGCAAGGUCCCUAACAAAGUGGAAAUGAGUGCCAGUAUCUGGAGACAUAACUGAAAUGGUCCUAAUUUGGGUGUCUCUGAAAAAACUAUGAAGUAUAGUGUUAAGAACAAAAUAAUCUUCUUGAGUUAUUUUCAAAUUAAGACCGAGUACAGGGGCUUAACUGUAAUCCAAUAUAUACUGUAUAGCAGUCAGACAGUAUUACUAGCACCAUUUACAAACCACUGACUUAACAUGUUAUUUGAUGUGUUUUUUUUUUUGUAAUUUUUGUAGAAUGAUACAUACAUUUGUCAUAAAAUACAAACGUAUUAGGGAUAAUUAAAAUUUUCACAAACAAUGUUUAAUAAUAUUAAUAUUUUUAAACAGUAUUGUUAUUUUUAAAAGAGCAUUUUUAUAAUAAAAAGAAAUACAAUCUA